ACUGCUUGAGCAUUUUUUCAUUAUUUGAAAGCACCAAAGGAGGGGAAGAGUGAGAGAGGUGCGGCGGAGAGAGACGGCCUCUUAGAGCUGUGAGGCAGAAGUGAUGGAUUCAGCCCACGGAAAAGUGACAGUCUUUUCCUAAACGGCCACGGGCAGUGCACAUCCUGCCCUGGACUCUCACCGUUUGGCAGGAAACUAAACCUCCUACAGCCAUCUAAAGGUACCCAUUGUCUUUUCUCUGUCAGCAAACUUCUGAAGAGGACUUCUGAUCAGUUUAAUAUUUGCCAAAGAGCUUCUGGGAGGCUGGGCUAUUUGUUGACAGUCUUUUAAUAACAAAAGUUCUCCGGUGUUGGAAUGGACUGAGGUGAUAAUAGCUGAGUGGCCGGACGAGGAGGAGAGAGAAGAAAAAGAGCAGAAGAUAUUUGAGUGAAACUUUCUGACUUAGGAUUCAUUUCUACCAAGAGAAUCUUCAAAGAGCUCUGGCAGAAGGGAAAAGCAACCGAGAGCCUCCUCAUCACUGUGCAGUUAUCUUGUUUUGGUGAGCUGGACAAUAACACAUGGAGCCCCCUUCAAUGGUCCUGCUGGGGUUCCUUCUGGUUUUUGGACUAAGUUGUAGCAUCCACCAGACACAGGCAAGUCUGUCGGACAGUAGCCAAGGCAAGCAUAAGACCCACGAAUUUGGGAGCAGCGAAGAUGAUUUGGAAGGGGAGUUUUUGUAUGCUGGAAGACGCAAACGCGCUCCAGCCGAACAGCCACAGGACAAGUGCUCCUACACUUUUAUCGUGCCUCAACAAAAGGUGACCGGAGCCAUCUGUGUGAACUCCAAGGAACCCGAGGCUAUGCUGGAGAAUCGGGUCCACAAGCAAGAGUUAGAGCUGCUAAAUGUGGAGCUGCAGAAACAGAAGAGGCAGAUCGAAACUCUACAGCAAUUGGUGGAGGUGGAUGGAGGCAUCGUCAAUGAGGUCAAGCUUCUAAGAAAGGAGAGUAGAAAUAUGAACUCCAGAGUCACUCAGCUGUACAUGCAGCUCCUCCAUGAGAUCAUCAGGAAGAGAGACAAUGCUCUAGAGUUAGCCCAAAUGGAGAACAGGAUCCUGAACCAAACCUCAGAGAUGCAGCAACUCACCAGUCGAUACAAAGAUCUUGAGCAUAAAUACCAGCACUUGGCUUCCCUGGCCGCAAACCAGUCGGCUCUAAUUGUCAUGCUGGAGGGGCAGUGCCAGAGCCGACCCCCUCCCCGUUACGUCCCUGCCUCUCAGCCACGGCCUCAGCCUCCUCCACCACCAUCGCCGCCUCUCAACAAGCCUUACCAGCCACCUCCCCUUCCACGUAUAAACAACCCGAUAAGCAACGAGAUCCAGAGUGACCAAAAGUCUCUCCCGCCCCUUCCAACCAUGCCCGUCGGUACACACAGCCCUUCUACCACUGACAAACCAUCUGGUCCAUUUAAGGACUGUCUGCAGGCGCUGGAAGAUGGCCGCACUUCCAGCGGCAUGUACCUGGUGAAGCCGGAAAAUGCCAACCGCCUCAUGCAGGUGUGGUGUGAUCAGAGACACGACCCAGGCGGCUGGACGGUCAUCCAAAGAAGGGUGGACGGCUCCGUCAACUUUUUCCGGAACUGGGAGACGUACAAGCAAGGUUUUGGCAACAUUGACGGAGAGUACUGGCUCGGUCUGGAAAACAUCUACUGGCUGACAAACCAAGGAACCUACAAGCUUCUCAUCACGCUGGAGGACUGGUCUGGGAGGAAGGUGUUUGCAGAAUACGCCAGCUUCAGGGUGGAGCCUGAAGCUGAUUAUUACAGACUGAGAGUGGGCCGGUAUCACGGCAACGCUGGCGACUCUCUCACCUGGCACAACGGCAAACAGUUCACGACGUUAGACAGAGACCACGACGCAUAUACAGGAAAUUGCGCUCACUAUCAGAAGGGAGGGUGGUGGUACAACUCUUGCGCACAUUCCAAUUUGAAUGGAGUUUGGUACAGAGGAGGACACUACCGCAGCCGCUACCAAGAUGGAGUCUACUGGGCAGAGUUCAGGGGAGGAGCCUAUUCUCUAAAGAAAGUGAUCAUGAUGAUCCGCCCUAACCCCAACACCUUCCACUGAUGAGCGUGGGGAUUUGCGUGGAACCGCAUGUUUCUGACAAAAACUCUUGGCCUCAUUUCCAACAGAUCACAAACAAAAUCAUGAUCCUGAAAGUGCAAUAUAAAAACAUCAGGGUGAUACUGUUCUCUAACAAUUUAAUAAUAUUUUAUUAAUACAGUUUUGUAGCAGUUUUUCUUUUUUUUUUUUGGUUUAUUUUGCUCUUUUCAGUACAGGACAUGCAAACAGUACUUAUUGCUCAGGAGUUAUUUUAACUACACUUUGGCAAACAGGGGACGUCGGUGACGUCGGCUUUAUUUGGAUGAAGUAGCUCUGCAUUAUAAACCCUACAGUAUAUCUAUGUAGUACGUACCAACCCAACACGGUUGACACAGGAAAUGUAUCCAGUGAUUGUUCUGUAAUUUCAUACUAAAAAUAUAUAUUUUGUUUCAAACUGCGUAGUUUUCAACAACACUAAAAACGGCUAAAGAUUUUAUCUGGUGGCACGUUUUUUCACCGUGCACACUACGAAACAUUGGUGACAUGUUUUGAAGAAAGCCACCAAGAGUAAUGCAAACAUGCAAACUUUUUCUCAAUUGUAUUUCUUUUCAAUAAAAAAAACAAUCGACUUCUUGAAAAGCUUAAUCGUGAAUUUUUUUGGAAAAUACUUUGAAAUUCUUAAUUGCUUAAGCAGGUAUCUUAGGUUGCUUGUAAAAUUCCAGCACUAUAUUUACUGUAUAAAUGUGUUGCUUUUUGAUGCCAAUAAAUCCAACACAAUGUGUUUGUACAUAGGAUAAUUGUAAUAUAAUGUAAAUGUUAUUUCAUAAUUAAGUUGCAAUAAAAAAAUGUACAGGU